AGCAGGAGUUACUCAAGCACACACACGCACUACGUUCAUUGACAGAUAAUAAUAAAAAAAAAUAUAUAUAUAUAAUUUUUUUAUUUUAAUUAUAAUUUACACAAGUUUGCCUUUAAAUUGACAUCAUUGAUGUGACAGAAAAAGUGAGAACGACUAUUUUAAAACUUCAAUAAAUAAAAAAUAUUAAAAAACCACCAUGUAUAAGAUAAUAAUUUUUAUGAUUUUUGUAAAACAAGUUAUUCCAUAUGAUCCAGAAGAUAAAAUGUUGAAAAUGAUAUUAUUACCAAAAGAUGAAUUUGAAGCAUUUUAUCAAAAAGGAAUUCAAUCAGAACAAGAAAAUUCAGUACGUCCAGCUCAUCUUCAUGGUUCUUUUAAUGCACAUAGAAAUCCAGCACUUAUUGGAGUACCAAAUAGUGCAGCUUAUGGUUUUCGUUUUGAUGGAAAGCGACGUUUCAAUUACGACUAAGCGAAAGCCUUCAUAAGGUUAAAGCGAAAGUCAUUUUUUAUUUUAAUAUCAUUAAUAAAUACCAAUUAAUACGUCACUAAUAAAUAUAUUUAUAAAAAAAAAAAAAAAUUAUUUUAU